AUGAUAUUAUUGAUUUACCUGAAGUUACAUCUCUUUCUAUAAGAUUUUCAUCGUUAUCUAUUUCGAGUUCAUAUUGGCUGAUCGUUCUAGAAUUGGUAGAACAGCAAUUUUUUACAGUUCCACAACCUUCGCAACUACAUCCUGUACCACACCUGCAUACUGAUUCAGUGGUUGAUGUGCCGCAACAACUUCCGCUUGCCAUAGCAGAAGGGCAACUUUGUAAAGAACUUGUAAAAACGGGUAGAUCACGAUGUUCAGGCUCUGUCGGAAUAAUAGAUUGA